AUGAAAGUUGUCAGAGAAAACUUGAUAAAAUAUCACAAGUCCAUUGUCAUGCAACUUGUUGGUUCUACUGCAAAUGGAAAUGUGCAGACCUUAACUAAUUCACAAUUUAUGUUAGGAUUUUCACAGCACCAAAUAACACAGGUUCUGGAUAAUGUACAUCGAAUUUUCUCAAUAGCUGAUGUUUAUAAGUUUGAAGAAGUAUGGGACAAAAGGCAUGCACAGAAAAUGCUUUUAAUUCUUAACAACGUAUUUGCAGACAUCAAUGAUCACUGUGAUUCAGAAAUUGCUGUAAAUAAUGCUGAUAACUUUGAAUUUGAUGAUGAUUUACUUGAUGAAUGGCAUGAAUUUUUGCAAGACGAUGAACUUCAUGAUAUGAUCUUGGACAACUUGUCAUCGUCACAACUAGAAAGUUCAGUACUGGAAGAAAAUGCCAGUGAUUCAGACAACGACGAUGUUAUGCCACCAGCAGUAUUGGCAACAGUAGAGAAUAUAGCAUUGGAUCACUAA